GCGGGUCGCCUGUGAUUGGCUCUUGGGCCCAGUUUCCACGACAACCCAAACAAAACCAAGAGUUUCAUUGACUAAAGAAGUGUUCUACCUUUACAGCUGUUAUAUGCCGACAUAUAUAUUUUUAUUAUUAACAUUAUUAUUGUUAUUAUGACAAAAUGAACACAGAACACGAAGAAGGGAAGGACGCUGACAAUGAGGCACCAGAGGAGGAAAAAGGAGAUGCCACAGCUGAAAUGGUCACAUCAGAUCCUGAAGAAGAGCUCACAGAGGACGAGAAAGUCUCAGGAGAGGAGCCCGGCGCUGAAGAAGGAACCGUCCGUGAGCCAGAAAGGGACAGCAGUGGACGCGAGCUCCUUGACGCGGGUGAAGACGAGAAGAUGAGUGAAGUCAACGAAACGCAACUCGUCCGUGAAGAAAGUGUGGUUUUUGAGAACAACGUCAAUUGUGACGAUGGAAAUCCCAGACUGCGUCUCGAGAGCCCGGAUGGGGAGAAGGCCAGUCCUGCACAGGAGGAGGAUGAACAAGAUGAAGACGAAGAAGAAGAAGAAGAAGCCACCGGUGGAGCUGGAGAUGGAGAAGACGCCGCCGAGUAUGAAGAGUGCAUGCAGCUCCUGCAGGAGCUGUGCGAGCAGAGGCGUGAGGCCGGCCAACGCAGCAGCCAGCUGCAGGUGAAGCUGGCCGAGUACUUCUACAAGAAGGCCAAGGACGGCGUCCAGCCGGAGGAGGACGCGCCGGUGACGGAGCAGCAGCCGCAGGAGUACGAGCGGCGCGUCGGCGCCCUGACCGAGCUGAGGCAGCGGCUCAGGGCCGACGCUGAGGCGUCCCGGCGGCGGGCCGAGGAGCUCAGACUGCAGUCCAAAGAGAGGCUGGAUAAGGUGGAAAAAGAAUGGCGGUCGCUGCUGGCACUGAAGCGGGACGUAGCUGUGGCAGCGCUGAGCCGACACCUUGGCAAGGAAGCGGCUCAGGCCAAAGUGGAGUCCAUCCUGACAGCAGAGCGGCUCCGGCAGGACGAGCUGACCAAGCAGCGCCUGAAGCACAUCAAACUGACGAUCAGGAUUCGCAGGCUGGAAGCGGAGCUCCGUGAAGAGGAAGAACGCGAGAAGGAACCCCUGCAGAUCCACUUCGAGCAGCUGCAGGCCGAGAGGCUGGAAAAUAGGAAGCGGGCCGAAAGGCAAAGCGAGGAACUGUCAAAGCUGCAGAAGAAAAUCAACAGCAGCUUGGAGCCCCUGUCAAAUGUAAAGGAGAAGCUGUACUGGAGCCAGAUGGACGUUCGGGCAAAGGGGGAGCAGCUUGCAGAGGUGGAGGCCAUGCUAGCCAAGAAGAGGGACCUCCUCACCAGGACCAAGCAGGCGCGUAACAGCCUACAGAGGGACAACCUGAGGCUGAAAGAGCGCCGUGGACUGCUGGGGAACAGGGUCCUGCUCCGAGACUUUGAGGACACUGUGGACGCCUCGGACCACCUGGAGGAACGGCUGGAACGUCUAAAGUUCCCACCAGCUGAGUUUGCUUUUGGCUGUGGCAGAUGGAAGAAGAAGCUCGGGAAAACAUAUGACUGAGUGAUGAAAUUAGAAUUAACACCGUUCGUAUUUGUUAUCUUCAAACAUUUCCACCAUUUGUGGUUUCACAUUAAAAGCCUUUAACUGGCAAAAUA